AUGUAUCGUAAACGUGAUUGGGGAGGAGCUGUGGGCGUGACGACGAAAGAAACUCAACAUCACACCACCAGUCCGGAUAACCAGUACCAGGUCGCUGACGACUUCGGGCAAUACGCCUUCGGGUUCAGUGGUGGCAACAGCGCCAGAACGGAGACUCGCGAUGCCUACGGAAAUGUCCGAGGGUCCUACAACUACAUCGACACCGACGGGAAGCUGCAGACGCAGCACUACGUGGCUGAUAAAAAUGGCUUUCGCGUGGUCGCCAGUAAUAUCCCUGAAGGCCCACAGGCUCUGACGGCACAAGACGCCCCUGCGGCUGCCCUGCCCCCCAGCCCCGUGAAGGAUACCCCAGAGGUAGCUGCUGCGAAGGCGGCCUUUGCUAAGGCCUAUAAUGAGGCAGCCCUGGCUGCUGCCGAAGCUCCAGAUACGAAAUGAUUAGAUGAUUGGACUACAGUAAGUAGUCUAAUUAGCUAAGAUUAUCGUUAACUGGUUGAUGCAUAUUUCGCUUUUCAUUAUCAUUAUCUUCAUCAUUCGUAUCAUUGCCGUGAAUUAAUAUAAUUGUGGAAGUUGCUUCAUGCCAAGUAUUACUGUUAAGUCUGCAGUUUGACUGCUAUUUUUCAUACAAUCUAUACAUAACCAUGCAGUUCCCACUGCAUCAACGUAUAUUACACAUGUUUAUACACGUUCAGUAUGUACUGUGUGUGUGUGUGUGUGUUUGAACAAAAAAAAUUCAUUUGUGGUUUA